UCCGAAUGUUAUUGUAGGAAUGACAGCUUUGGAAGAAGUCUGAUCUGCAUGCCUUCCUCUUUGCAGCGAAUACCAGAGGAUAUUCCACACGAUGUUAGAAAGAUCCGAAUCGAAAACUCCCGUCUGGCAGAACUGCCUCGGGGUGCAUUCUCCAGAGUUCGUGCCUUGGAAUACCUGUGGUUAAACUUUAACCAGAUCACGCUCAUGCAUGUGAAGAGUCUGCAGCAUUUGCAGGAUCUGUCCGAGCUGAGGCUGCAAGGGAACAAACUGCGUUCAGUACCAUGGACAGCUUUCCAGGAUUGUCCGGCGUUGAAGAUCUUGGAUCUGAAGCACAAUCGACUGGACGUCCUCCCAGAAUACGCACUCAGGCAUCUCAUCAACCUCACCUUCCUGGACAUGUCUUUCAACCAACUCACGGUGAUUUCCCAAGAUGUGUUCUUGAACUGGUCAGUUUAUCAGAGGAGCCAGCAGCCUCGGGAUCAGGGGAACCGUCAUCCCAACGCAGUGCUGGCCCUCCAUGAUAACCCGUGGCUCUGUGACUGCCGCCUUAAAGGUUUUGUGCACUUUAUCAAAUCCAUCAGCCCCCCUUUGAUUUUGAUGAAUUCUUACCUAACCUGUUCAGGCCCGGAGUCCAGGACCGGGAAAUUUUUCUACGAGGUGGAACUAAAGAGUUGCUUUAAACCGUUAGCAACGGCCGAGGUCAGGAACAUCAGCGUUUCACUGGGAGACGAGGUCCAUUUGUUUUGUGAGGCUAAAGGAAAUCCUACCCCUACUGUGUGGUGGACAAAUGGUGGGAAGAUCAUUCGGAAGUUUAAUGUGUCUUUUGCAAAUAUUGAUGAGGAAACAGUAAAGUCAGAGUUGGUGAUUCCAUCAGUUCAGAGUACCAAUGAAGGAAGUUACAUCUGCAUUACUACAAACUAUCUUGGAAACUCAUCCGUGCAGAUCCUGGUAAACUUUUUAACUUCAGAAUCUUUAGGUACCCUAUCGUCCUUGACCCCUACAGCUUCCGAAGAAGAGAAUGUUUAUAUAGAUGUGAGGAUUGCAAAGCAAACAGUCUAUGGCAUAACCCUAGAGUGGUACGCAGCAACUCAGAACCCUGCUGAGACUUGGUACACCCUGCACUUUGGGAAAUUCGAAGACGCUAAAAAGGAAAUGAUUUAUAUUGGACCAGGAGUAAAUACUUAUUCUGUUAAUGAUCUGUUCCCAGCGACAAAGUACAAGGUGUGUGUUACACUGAGGAAUCAGCCUCCGAAGAGCGGUCAAUGCAUUAUAUUUGUUACCGGCAAUGACAUUAGUGAACUGGAGCAGAGGGAGAAACUCAUUCACAUUAUAGUCAUUGUUUGUGCCAUGAUUCUGGCAGUCCCGGCUGGAAUGUAUGCUUGUACAACAGAAACGCGUUUCAGCUGCUUUGAUAAAUGCAGCAAGUUUUGUCGAAGACAAAGACGAGAGAAAGCACUGAAAACAAGAACACAGGAUGUCGCCUUUGACAGCCUGCAGACAGGUAGUGAUGCUGAGCUUUGCAACAGAAAUUCCAAGGAAGACAGGAGAAGACGUAAAAAAUCAGAAGACAAAACCCAUAAGGUCAAAACGGAGCACAAAAAUAGUGAUGAAUUAUAUUAA